GCAGCUGAAUGAAGUAGACGGGAGGAAGUGGCGGUUAAUGCAGCUCCACACCUUUCCGGUGUAGCAGCACUGCGACCAGCUCGACUUAAAGGAGAAAGGAGAGAGCUGGGUGUAUUUAUCGAGACAGGAGGGGGCGAUAGGAGGGGGACGAGAAGAGGAGUUUCAUGAGUGGAUACAUGUGUUGCUGAGUCACCGAGGGGGUUUCUUUGAAAAACGUCCCUUCCAGCACGGUGAAGUUACCCGGCGCGACGCUUGAUGGACUAGCCGCAGAAAGCUGCUUUUCUCCUCCGGUAACCGUGAAGAGAACAAGGGCGCACCCGAUGAGGAGGACCGCCAGACACAAGCACCAGAAGGAAUUCAUAAGUACCGCAGCUUUUUUCGGGGCCUUGUAUACACGCUGUGUCUGCUCCCUGCAGUUUUUAAUCGCCACGGCCUGUCUUUGUCACGCAGCUUAAUGUUGUUUUGGGCAACAAAAUGAACGUCCUGCAACAGCUGCUGCUAAGUUCUUAGUGUAACCGUGCCAUGCUGUGUACAGGCCCUGCAAACAUUGUGGUACUCUGAACGUAAAUGUACUUCACAGGACGCACAGACUCAAGUAAAAAGUACUGUUUGAUAGGAUAGGGUUUAACAUGAAUGUGCAUUUUUGAGUCCCCCCCCACACACACACACUCUCACACAUAUGCUCUUCACUGAGUCAUGUUUUCACAAGUAAGCCCAUGAACUGAAGCUAUAGGCAAAGUGAAUAAUUAUCUGCACGGUAUCAGACAUUUCUUUUUCUCGUUAGGAACAAAGUAUUUAUGCACAAGAGUUCAAAAUGGGGAAAGUGCUCUCAAAAAUAUUUGGCAACAAGGAGAUGAGAAUAUUAAUGCUUGGACUUGACGCUGCUGGAAAGACAACAAUUCUUUACAAACUGAAACUCGGACAGUCUGUCACCACAAUCCCCACGGUCGGCUUCAAUGUGGAGACUGUCACCUACAAAAAUGUCAAGUUCAACGUCUGGGAUGUUGGGGGCCAAGAUAAGAUUCGUCCUCUGUGGCGACACUACUACACGGGCACCCAAGGGUUAAUUUUCGUGGUGGAUUGCGCGGACAGAGAUCGCAUCGACGAGGCAAGGCAGGAACUUCACCGCAUCAUCAAUGACCGGGAGAUGAGGGAUGCCAUCAUCUUGAUAUUCGCCAAUAAGCAAGACCUUCCCGAUGCCAUGAAGCCACAUGAAAUCCAAGAGAAGCUCGGAUUGACCCGCAUCCGGGAUAGGAAUUGGUAUGUUCAGCCCUCCUGUGCGACCACAGGUGAUGGACUGUAUGAGGGCUUGACAUGGCUAACCUCAAAUUACAAAUCUUAAUGAUUGAGUGCAGACUGUUUUAGGUCAAAAAUAUAACAUUGCAAGUAACAAAUAACUUCUCAAAAUGAGUAUGGUUAAGAAAGUUGAUUAUCUCCCAUUUAUUUUUAAUACUACGUUUUCCCCACAACUAAUUUAUCUCUUUAACUGGAUUUGCUGGCUUAAAGUUUGCUUGUACUGUAGCAGGCCUAUAUAUCCCAUUCAUUAUUUUGGGGCUUGCUUGAUGAAUAUUGAAUUAAUUGGUCCUAAAGCAACAGAGAUCACCAUGUUUGCCUAUUCUUUUCCCUGUUUUGUAUAAUUUUUCUAAUGAAGCUGACGUUUUUAUCUUCAUUCUUGGGCUAAAGUUUGUUUCAAGGUGCUUCAGUCUGUUGCAUUGAGCUUGGAUCUUUUUCUUUUCUUUUUUCUUCUGAGGUGGAAUCUUUAAUUUCAUGUAGCCUACGUGAAGGACUUUGACAUUUGUCUUAAAGUACUGUGCUGAAAAGUAUUUCUUCUCAAUGGUAUUGACCAGAAAUUUUCACCAUUGCUUACAUUUCAUUGUCAUCAGAGGGGGGAAAAAAAGACUAGACAUGUUUUGUUACCCUUCGAAAUCACCUUAUGUGGACUAUAGUUUACAGAUUGACCUGAUUUGUGUCAAUUCCUGAUACAUAAUUGUGCUGAAUAUUCAACAAAUAGGCCUCCAGUAACUCUUUAACAUGCUUGUCGGGGUGCAUCUUUAAUUUUGGGUAACACGCAGUCAGUAGACGCAAUCUUUCCAAAGGAAUGUCAUUCAGCUCUGAGCUCUCUCAAUCUGAUACCACAGUUGAUUAGUCUCAGUAUUGGGACAUUAUAUGAUAGCCUAUAUCUGUAGCAUGAGUACGAAAGUACAGUAACCCUACAUCAGAGUCCAUCUGUCGUGCAGUCAGAGGGAGCUGUGUUGAAAACACCCAGUGGUGCAGCUCUUACUCCUAUUUUGACUGGGGGAACCAUGUACAGAACAAUGUCAUUGUAAUGUCUUAUUAAAAAAGUGAUUUUAAAUCUG